UUGAAGUGAACAUGAAUCGACUGAUAUGUUGGAGUCUUGCGCUCCUGUUUUGUGCAAGUCUUCUUGAGUGUGUCCCUGUUCAAUACCGCACUGGUUAUCCAAGAAGUCUGCUAUCAAAGGUUACUGGCGGAGGCAAAUGUGCUGACAAGAAUAGUAGAUACUGUAAAAAAUAUAAAUCCUACUGUGACAAGAGUCCCAAAAAGAUGUCUGCUGAAUGUAAAUCUACAUGUCAAAUGUGUGAAGAAGGUAUGGACUUGAUGGACAAGGACAGUCGUUGCGCGUCGUGGGCCAAGCACAACUUCUGUAACCUGGCAUUGCACCAGGAUUAUACUUUACCCAACUGUGCCUACACUUGUAGACAUGCAAAACGACAAAAAGCUAAAAAGAUUGAAGACGAACCAGCCAACAAACCUGGAGAAAGACCACGGAAAGUGCAGCAGCAGCAGCAGCAGCAGCGACCUGGAGGCUACGGACAGCAGCCUUCAGGAUAUGGUGGAUACGGGGGAUACGGGGGAUAUGGAGCUCAGCAGUACGGAGGAAUGAACCAGCCUGCGUAUGGUGGAAUGCCCAGUUAUGGCGGACAACAAGGMUACCCUGGCCAAGCUGGAAUGAUGCCUGGAUUUGGUGGAGGUAUCUCUCCAUUUGGAGGACCAUGUGGUCAGCAGGGCCAGGAUCCAUGCCGUACCAUCCAAUUCACUCAGAUUAUUCCUCCAAUGCCUCCCCCACAGCAGCCUUGUGGACAGCCACCAUGCCCACCACCUCCACCUCAGCAGCAGCAGCCCUGCCCACCACAAUGUAUGCCACCACCACCACCACCACCAUGCGCUCAACAACCGUGCCCUCCUCCACCACCACCACCUCCACCACCACCACAAAACUGCCCAUCGUCAUGCAUGCCUCCACUACCACCAAUGCCAAUGCCAAUGCCACCACAGCAACCUUGUGGACAGCCCCCGUGUGCACCUCCAAUGCCACCACAGCAACCUUGUGGACAACCCCCUUGUGCACCUCCAAUGCCACCGCCACAACCUCCACCACCACAACAGCAAUGCGGACAGCAGCCCUGUGCACCUAUGGCACCAAUGCCACCACCAAUGCCACCACCAAUGCCACCACCAAUGCCUCAACAGGCUUGCCCACCACAAUGUAUGAAUAUUCCCCCACCUCCCCCUGCACAGCCAUGUGGUCAACCUCCUUGCCCACCACCUCCACCACCUCCCCAACAAUCAAUGUGUCCACCACAAUGUAUGCCACCUCCACCUCAACAGAUGUGUGGGCAGCAAGCCUGCCCUCCACAAAUGGGUGGUGGAAUGAUGCCAUACGGACAACAGCCACAGAUGCCUUACGGACAACCUGAUCCAUAUGGACAGCAAAUGGGAUAUGGUGGUAUGCAGCCUUAUGGACAAGGGGCUUAUGGACAAGGCCCUUAUGGACAAGGGCCUUAUGGACAAGGGCCACAAGGACAACCGCAGCCUCCAGUCGCAAACAAACCAAACGAGAAACCAAAGAAGACAAAUGAAGCCAACAAACCUAGUGAAGCAUCUAAACCUGGGAGAGAUUUCAUCCAUCAAAGCAUGCAACCAAAUUUCUUCGCUCCUUUUAAGAAGUCUUUAGUUGCUCAUCGCCGAAAGCCACAUAUGACACGACGUGUUUAAACUUGAUAUUACAGCAAACAGUGCCAGUCCACUCAAACUUAACGACCGAAGAAGGUUGAUCUAGCCGUUUUUCUUGCAUAUUGUAUAUAUAACAAUGACGCGCACUGUCAACAGCUCCAAGUAUUUGUGAGAACCCUGCAAGCAAUAACGAGAUCAAACGAUUCGAAGUAUUCUGUAUAUUAUGUAUACAAUGAAAGUACACCCAUUUAUUCUUUACAAAUGUAUAUGACAAAUAUUAAACUUUUCUUCUCUCUAUAA